CGAUAACACCUCUUCCUUCCCUCAUCCUCUCCAUUCUUCAUCUUCUCACCCCCUCCAAUCUCACCCGUGUCUUCACUAGCCUUAAACCAUGGCCGGAUCAGCUCCCAACCUUUACAGUUUUCUCAGCGCCGACGCUUUGGCCCAGCAAUUGAGGCCCUACGUUUUGCGGUGUCAGAACUCGGCCCUCAGUCGUCAUAGCACAUUCCGUGUCGCAGUUUCUGGCGGCUCUCUCCCCAAAGUUCUGGCCCAGGCUCUCCUGACCCCUGGAGAUGGCACUCCCGAAGACACCGCUCAAUUCUCCAAAUGGGAUAUCUUCUUUGCCGAUGAACGCGCGGUGCCCCUCGACCACGAAGACAGCAACUACCGACUGCUGAAGGAAGAGCUACUCAACAAGAUCCCGUCGGAGCUCGGCGCUCCGACUGUGCAUACCAUCGACGCCGAUCACGUCAACGAUGAGGAUCCCCAAGAGUUGGCCGAUUUGUACCAGGAAGAGCUGAUGCGCUCUUUUGCCGCCAAGGAUAGCGUCAAGUUGCCCGUGUUCGAUCUCAUCCUUCUGGGCUGUGGUCCUGACGGCCACACUUGCAGUCUCUUCCCCGGGCAUGAGCUGCUGCGGGAGAAGGAUGCGUGGGUGGCCGCAAUUAGCGACUCACCUAAGCCGCCCCCGAAGCGCAUUACCUUGACUUUGCCCGUGGUUACGCACGCCCUCAACAUCGCCUUCAUUGCAACCGGCGGUGGAAAGAAGGAUAUCAUGAAACAGAUCUUCGAUGCCGAAGAGGGAAGGAGCCUGCCGUCGUCUCUCGUCAACCAGGGUGCGGGUGACAAGGUGAGCUGGUUCACCGACAAUGCAGCCAUCGAGGGCGUUACUUUCCCUAGACGUGGAAGCCUGUGAUUGAUGGGCGCAUGUGGUAUGAAGUUGCUUUCAGGUGGUGACUGGAGCGGGAGAUAGGCGCCAGCGUAAUAGCGAGGCUACUCUAUUUAGCUGAGAGGAGGCCCUGGGCGUGGGCAUUUGUCCACAUGGAAUUACAGAAGCAAGGGGUUAGCGCAGGAACAAGUGUGUCUCCAGACUGGAUGAACUGUUCAUGUCUCUUAUUUCUUUAGCCUUUGGAGGUUCAUUUUAGACUUGUUAAAAGUUUGUGCUAUCGUUAUGCGGUGGAUAUCACAGACGCACUCUAAUUGAUCAAUUGAAAAGGAUAAUCAAGUGAUCCUGCCCCAUUGGAGCA